UGCUACGGGAUGACUUCCGCCAAAACCCUACGGAUGUUGUGGUGGCAGCUGGAGAACCUGCCAUCUUGGAGUGCCAGCCACCUCGAGGACACCCUGAACCUACCAUCUACUGGAAGAAAGAUAAAGUCCGUAUUGAUGACAGGGAAGAACGGAUCAGUAUACGUGGUGGGAAGCUGAUGAUCUCCAAUACAAGAAAAAGUGAUGCUGGCAUGUACACUUGUGUUGGGACUAACAUGGUGGGGGAGCGAGACAGCGAUCCCGCAGAGCUGACUGUCUUUGAGCGGCCCACGUUUCUCAGGCGACCAAUUAACCAAGUGGUACUGGAGGAGGAGGCCGUGGAUUUCCGGUGCCAGGUGCAGGGGGAUCCCACACCCACAGUCCGGUGGAAGAAAGAUGAUGCAGACUUACCGAGAGGAAGGUACGACAUUAAAGAUGACUACACUUUGCGCCUUAAGAAAGCCAUGAGCACAGACGAAGGAACCUACACUUGCAUUGCUGAGAAUAGAGUUGGAAAAGUAGAAGCCUCUGCUACCCUCACUGUGCGAG